AGGGAAGUGGUGGAAUCACCAUCUCUGGAAGCAGUUCCUGCAGCUGCUGUAGUUGCAGCAGCACCAGUGGGGACCUUCACAGAUAUCCCUAUCAGCAAUAUUCGGAGGGUCAUUGCUCAGCGGUUGAUGCAGUCUAAACAAACAAUACCUCACUACUACCUUUCUGUUGAUAUAAACAUGGGAGAAGUACUGGUGCUAAGGAAAGAACUCAAUCAGGAGGUCUCGGAUAACAUUAAGCUUUCUGUCAAUGACUUCAUAAUUAAAGCUUCUGCUCUGGCAUGCUUGAAGGUGCCCGAGGCAAAUUCUUCAUGGAUGGACACAGUUAUUAGGCAAAAUCACGUAGUGGAUGUUAGCGUUGCAGUUAGUACUCCUGCAGGGCUUAUAACCCCUAUUGUGUUUAAUGCACAUAUAAAGGGCCUGGCUUCCAUUAGUAAGGAUGUGGUUUCUUUGGCAACUAAAGCCCGAGAAGGUAAACUACAGCCUCAUGAAUUCCAGGGUGGUACUUUCACAAUUUCCAAUUUAGGAAUGUAUGGGAUUAAGAAUUUCUCUGCCAUAAUCAAUCCACCUCAAGCCUGCAUCCUUGCAGUUGGUUCCUCAGAGAAAAGGCUAGUGCCAGCUGAUAAUGAGAAAGGAUUUGAUGUGGCCAGUGUGAUGUCUGUUACACUUAGCUGUGAUCAUCGUGUUGUAGAUGGAGCAGUUGGAGCACAGUGGCUUGCUGAGUUCAAGAAUUUCCUCGAAAAGCCAGUAACCAUGCUGCUAUAAUUUAACCAUGCAAGCAAAAUUUUCCUGGAUCACACUGUUUUGUUUUAAACAAGUUAUUUAGACUUUAGUGUUCAGACUUAUUAAAAGAGUUCUUUUUUAUUUUAAAUAUGUAUUAUAUUAUCUGGUAAUGUUAUUACCAGUCUGUACAGAAAAA